AUCAGAGAAUGGAUCUGUGGGCUCGAAGAACGACGCAUUCAAGGACAGAACCCUGUCUAUGGUGCAAGAAGCUGUGACCAAAAAGGACCAGUCCAUGGUGAUGCUCUUCUUCGGCAUAUUCUUCGCCACGUUCCAGUCAGCCGGCAUAUGGGGGAACCUCAUCACUUCGACUGUGCUUUCCCGAGGCGAGGAAGUGAAGAAUGACACCAACAUUUCCGCGUGUGGCGUCAAUUAUUGCGAGGCGAGUUUGGGAGACAUCGAAAAUCUCAAGCGACCCGAAGAAUGGCGAGUGCGAAUCAUGCUCUCUAUUUUUGCGGGCGUGUCAAUUUUCGCAGCCUUGCCGAUCAUCAUUUUCCUCGACCCUCUGGAGAGGUUUGAUUAUGACGGGGAAGACACUAGCAGCACCAAGAAGAAAACGAAUGCUUGCAGUUUGGCAUUGAGCAGCUUGAAACAAAUGACUGAUCCUCGUCAAGCUUUGCUUUCAGUGCUGAUUUUCUACAGCGGGAUCUACCAGGGCUUUUUCGAUGCUGACUUCACCAAGGCAAAUAUUUAUUGA